AAGCAUGUGAAAAUCAGGAUGUGGAUUAAAUCUAGCGCAUCAGUGUCCGCGUGAAUGUUCUCCAGCCGCAUGGGAAUUUAGGAGAAACAAACUUUUCUUUCGCGUAAAUGGAGCUUCUGACGGAAUGGUUCACCUGAGGAAUCUGACGGAACAUUAAGAAAACUUCAAAGAUACUGCGUAUCGAAGAUCAUGCAGAUGGAUUAUAAUUAGUUUAGAAUGCAAACAAUAUAUCCGAGAUACAAGGCGGAACGAAUCUAACUUUUGAGGCCCCCCCCCCCACAAGAGGCCAGAUGUCGGGCCACGAGAGGGAGCACGAGAUCGACCAGGUGGGUAACCUGGUGCCCCGUGACGUGGUCGAGGUCCUGGCGCGGGAGCGGCACAGCAGCAGGGGCAAGCGGCGGAGGAGGCAUGGCGGUUCUAUCCGGCGGGCCUUCAGCUGGCUGAGGAGAGGCAAGAAGGCCAAGAACGCCCAGGGCACCUCGCGGCACAGCCAGGACCUGCUGAGCACUGGCACGCCCGUACUCGUACCAAAACCCAGCCCCAAAGCAGCUUCUAAAGAAGAGGAUGUCCGUGUCUUGGUCCCCCAAAUCUUCCAGGAAAAUGUGUUUCUGGAGGGCAGCCGUCACAAGUACGUGGAGGACGUCCACUCCGAGGCUCAACAGGGGCUUAAGCUGAAACAGCUGGAAGAUAACAACAUAGAAACUGACUAUCAAGAUGAUCAAAGUGUAAUUAGUGGUGUAACCUCUCAGAAUGAGAUGGGCAGCUGCAGUGAAAGGAGGAGAUCAAUCGGAUCAGAGAGCACAGCGACUGACUGCAUGUCGACAGUUUCUACACAGUCCAUCUCCUCACGAUCCACACGGUCAGCACUCUCUCGCCAAGGGUCCACAUUCACACCCCUUAACCAAGGGAAAAAGGAGAGGACAAGAGGCCGGAGGAAACAUAGGAGGAGCACAGUGGUGGGAAUACCACGGCAUGUCCAGAAAGAACUAGGGCUGGAUCGAGCAGCAUGGACAGCGUACCAGAGAUCACAAGAGCCCGUACCCAGCAACGACAUCACAGGCAUAGCGGCCGUCAUACCAAGCGCAGCAUCAGCUGUUGAUGGGACUGUGUCGACAAGCUCAGCGCAGCAGAAGGCACCCUGCCAGCCAGAGGCAAGGCCUAAAGAUGACCUGGCACUCAUCCAGAGCGUGUUGCCCCAGAGCUACUUAGCCGAGAGGCCCAAGUCUGUGGCGGUGCCCUGGAUGACAACAGCCGAGACGGGGGGAGUCCCUCAGCACCCGCCCAGCCCUGUGAUGUACAUCUCCCCCCAGGCCACGUACCUGUCCAAGAUCAUCCCCAACGCAGUGCUGCCUCCUUCGGUGGACGUGGUGGAGAUCAACCGCAACAGGAGUUGCAACAGCGUGCGGACCGUCAGCAAAUGCAGCCUGGCGUCUGCCAGCCCGGCUCCCUCUCGCUCCUCCUCACGCGCCUCCUCCUCUCGCGCUUCUUCCCGACGCCCCACGCUCAGCUCCGUGAGCUCCGGCUGGAGCCGCUCCGACUCCUCGGAGACGCUCGUGUCCAACUCCUCCACCAUCUCCAGCAGCAGCACGGCGCGUGCCUCUAGCAGCGGGCAAGACAGCGUGGUGGAGGCGAGGCAGGUCAAGGUGAACCCGAGGCCCAACGGCCAGGUGAAGGUGAUGGAGUCGAGAGACCAGACCACUGGUCAGUUCAUGCGGAGUCUGUCUGUGAUGAAGAGGGCCAAGAAGCCCCCACCGCCUAGUCGAUCCUACUCUCUGCACAAAGACAAGAUGAAGCGUCGGUCCAGGGACUUGGCUGAGGUAGAUAUUUCUGGAGUGAAGCCAAAAGGUGGGAGAGAGAAAGCUUCUGGAGGAAGUGCAGGAUAUUCUGCUGACGAGUCUGCGCAGGAGGAAUCUUUCAGCUCUGGGGCGCCGAGCCCUCCUCAGACUCAACAGCAGGCGACCAGAGAGGGUGCAAAUGUAGUUCACUCCUCACCUCUGCAUCCACUUACAAUUGAGAACGGACUCAAGAGAAAUUUGUCUCCCUCCAGUGGCUAUUCAAGCCAUAAUGGAACGCCCCACACCACAGUGGCCAGUCUUCCCUAUGCAGCUAAGAGUGAGCUGGCGGCUGUGUCCUCCAACCACACCAAGCCUGCUGUCCUGGCCCUGAAGUCCCUGUUUGAAAUUCCACAGCCACCGAAAGUGACUGCACCCCCACCUCCCCCUCCUGAGACAUGGGCUCACAAUCAACGCACAUUUGUCCUUCUGUGUGGCCCUGGACCAGCAAACAUCAAGUUUGCCACUCCCCCCAAUAGACUGCAGACACAGCAUGGGGAAGGUGAGGUUCCCUCAGCUGAAACCCCCUCUAGUUUAUCAGUCACACAACAGAAACACACUACCACAGUUAUGGCAGAGCAGGACUCUCCAUCCAUGAACAAAAAGCCUAGUCCAUUACCACAUAAUCUAAAUCUAAUGCAGGAGCUACAGAAAGUCCAGCAAAGUCCAUUGAUGAAUAGGGCACAGGCGAAGCAGGUGAAUGCCCCAACAGGUCCACCCCUUUCUCCCCUGCUUCCUCCCCCUCCGCCUCCACUGGAGAUCCCCUUAGACUGCUCUUUGACCACCCUGGAUGAGGUAGACCUGCCGCCUCCCCCACCUCUCUUCUCACCCGUGUUGCCUAAUGCGUCUGCAAAAACGUACCAGGGGAUACCAGCAGGGAUCCCCCCUCCUCCACAGCAGCCUCCUCCACCCCCACCUCAACAUCCCCCACCUCCUCCACCAGUGGUGGCACCUACACCCAAGAAAGCUGGGUCUCCUGCCUCUCAGGCUCCUGCCCAGCCCAACGUCCCCAAGGCUCCCCCGCUGCCAGUAAACUUUAAGACACAGGCUUCUCUGAGAAAAGUUCCGCCUCCACAGAAAAAGGACCCUCCUGCAACUUCUGAUGACUCCUCCUCUCCUGUGGUUACCCCAUCCAUCUUGCAGAAGGUCAGACUCCGGUCCAUAAAAUCCACCCCCAAACCAGAGCAAAAUGCCAAAAUGCCAGAGUCGACUGUUGAACAGACAGACCAAAAACCUGCAGUGAGUCAAGUUCCACCACCAAAACCAAUCAGAAGAUCGCUGCUUUUGGCAGAACCACCACCCGAUGUUGCAGCCCUCAUUGCAGAUGAACCAAAGUCCCUACCAGAUACGACUGAACAAAUGUCUAAAACCGAAGCAACUCCCAAAAGUGCUCAAUCAGAAACCACAGUUUUGAACUCUCAAUCAGAACAACCUUCUGUAACAUCUCAAGUGGAUUCAACAAUUUCUGUAUCACAACCAGAAGCUACUGAUUUGAAAUCACUGCCAGAACCCAUUGCCUCGACACCCCAAGCAGAGACCAGUGAACUACCAUCUCAACCUGAGCCACCGAUUCCAGAUUCUAAACCAGAGCAAUCAAAUACUCCGUUAGAACAAUCUAUAUCCAUUUCUGACUCACAACCUGCUAUAAAGAGUAAAACUGAACCUUCCGUUUUAAAAUCUGAAGAAAAACAAUCUGAAUCAAAGCCUGAGCUGGUUUCAGCAGUUGUUAUCUCUGAACCAGAACAAACUGAGAUUUCAAAAACUCCAGAACCAGAACAUGAGACUUCAGAUGUGGCUCCAGAAUUAGUGGCUCCAAAUUCUAAUCCAGAGGCAGAAGCUCCAGUGGCUCAAACCGAACAAACACUCUCACCACCUGAAACGGAUUCUGUUGUUCCAAAAUCGGAGCCAGAACAAACUUCUGAAAUAUCUCAAUCACUACCGGAUGUACCACCUCCAAUAUCGGAACCUGAUACUACAAAACCUGAUCCAGAAUCCAGUUUGUCAGUGGCUCAAGCAGAGGACGCCAUGUCAAAGACGGACGUUGAACCAGCUGUCUUAACUGAUGCACCUGCAUCAGAUGCUGCAGAAUCAAAAGCGCCUCCAGUGACUUCAACAUCAGAACCAGAGCCAGCAGUUCCAAAGUCCGAAGUUUUAUCAGCAACAACAGAAUCAAAUCCUGGACCUGACCCAACUGUCUCAAAAUCUGAAUCAAAAUCAGUAUCCACUGCUUCAGUGUCACAGUCAACAGUAACAGCAACAACGACGACGACAACUGCCUCUACCAACAAGUCCCAACCAACAAUUACCAUUUCAACAUCUCAGGCAGCCAGCACGGCACCAAAAACUGAAACACACACACCCCCUUUCUCAACGUCCCCAACCAGCAAGUCUUCCCCCAUGUCCAUGAACCCUUCCAUGAGACUCCAGGAGGCCAUUCGCCAGAGGGCAGCUGCUAGGUCGGCUAACGAUGGCCCUGCCAAGCGCCUCAGUGUGCAUUCCCCUCCUGCCACAGCAGGGGGCAGUCCUCUCAAGUCUCCCACCAGCACAGCCAGCUUCAUUUUCUCCAAGAGCCCCAAGAAGGUGGUCAUUGAUACACCAACAUCUCCUGAGGUCCAGUCCAGCCUGAGAAAGACCCUGCAAACAGAGCUGACCGCUGUGUCCAGUCAGUCUAAUCAGGGCGAUGGGCAAAAAAAGGUCCCCCCACCUGUUGCUAGCAAGCCCAGAGGCAAGAGUCAGAGUCCCAGAAAUGGGUUGCCCAAUCCGUCCAGUGAAGAAGCUGUUACUUCAGACGUGCAAACUGCUGGCCAGGGUGCACAGUCAGAGGACACAAGAAAUGCAGCGUAAGGAGUGUGGACUUGUCAGAGAGCUGCCCAUCAUUGUUACCUGACCAUGCUACAAUCAACCAGUGAAAGUUGGGCGCCGUUUUCUAUGCUAUGCAUAUCGUUUAAAUACUUGCUAGGUCAUGAGAUGUUUUCAGUAUGCUUUUGUAAUGAUUUAAAUACGUAAGGCUCUUCUGUCCAUUGUUUGACCCAAAUAAUCUGGACUACUAGAAGGUGACAAGAGGGAAUGGAGUUACAUCUUGAUGAUUUUGAGUGAGAAGUGCUGUCAAGUUUGUUCUCUUAUCACAAUAUAUAUAUUAUCUAAAUAUUAAAUUCAAAUGUUUCUUUAAUAUAUAAAGAGUCACUUUUAAUAUGCACUAUACUCUCUACAUUAAUUUUACACAAAAUGUAUUAUUCUUGUUGAAGUUGCAAUGUUAACAAAAAAGGUAAAAUGAUCAUAACCUGUUCUAAGUUAUUUUCUUUUCCAUGUUGAAAACUGCGCUAUGGAUAGAUUUUUUUCUGUUGCAUUAAGUUUUGUCUUUUCAUUAUAGUUCAGUUUCUGAAUUCACUUAAAAAGCCAACUCUUUAGAGGAACAGGCUGCUUGUUUGAAUACAGUUCUGUUCCGUUUGAUAUUAAAGGUCAAACAAAUUUUGAAAUCAUGUCACUGACAAAUGUCCAACCUAAUUAAAUGAGCGUUCUCUUGUUCUAAAUGUGUUUAAUGCCUAAGUUGAUGCAUGAUUGUUAUUGCUCAUCAUAAUAAAAUGUAUACAAGUCAAA